AUGGUGCCCUCACUGGCAGAUGAUGCUAGGUCCCUCGAUGUAACCUCUAACUUCUCGUCGCCGGUUUCCGCAACUUCGUCACACGCAAGGGAAUUUUCGACUCCGAUCGGCUUGGGUAUUUCAAGAUGCGGCCUCGAGCCUUCGUUCGAUACCAUGGGAGGCUUCACUAGUCAGCUGCCUUACUCAGUGACUCCAUCGAUACCGACGCAAAUCGCACCCAUGGAUGACUUCUACAGUCUGCCGAUGAAAGUCAGCGAUUUUUCUGAGCAAACUGGUUUUGGGAUCUACAACGGUUUUCCCGAAACAACUCAAUCUAUGGUUAGGUACUAUGGCUCUCAAGCUAUGAGGGCUUCUUCGAGCUACAACUCCCCAAUCGAGACUGCAUCGCUUCACACAACAUUCCCUGGGCAGGUACCAGGUUACUGGAUACCGGCAGCAUGCUCGGGACCUACAACACCCCCAGAAGUUGUUCCGAUUCAAGCAGGCAACAUGACUGGUAGCUACUGGAGCGCACAGUGUGUUCCAGAGCUCUGCCCGACAAUCAACGCUCCGGUAUCUCAAAUGGCUGGUGGUUUCUCGAUGCCCGACAAUUCGUUCAAUCUGCGAACAGUCCCAGUGAGGGAUAGUGAAGAUUUUUUCUCGAAGGACGUAUCUGAUUCUGGUUUGAGCAUUCCUGAGUCACCGAAAUCAAAGCAGGGAGAGAAGGUUGCGAAAAGAUCCUCGAUAGCAUCCCGAAAAGUUGCUGCGUCACCUCCUAAGAGAAAGAUUUCCUCAAAGAAAGGAUACGCUUGUCGUGUCUGCGGUUUCUCUUUUACCCGGCGAUCCAAUUGCGCGGAGCACGAGAAAAAGCACGACCCCAAUCACAGACGAUCUUACCCUUGUGAGGAGUGCCAUAAGACCUUUGGGCGAAUGGCAGAUCUCAGGAGACAUACGGAUAAUGUGAGGAAAUUCACUGGGAUUCUCUAG